AUGGACCCCCUCUUCCCAGUCCCAGAGCGCAUAUCUUCUUUGAUGUCAUCACCUCGACGUCAGGCGUUGACUGAACAUCAAAACCGAUCAGUCAGUGUGUCUUCAAUGAUCUCCGACAUAUCUAUGGCUUCCGUGGAUUCCACUGCCGCGGAAUUCCUUGCUACAAAGAUCGAACAACUGGAAAAUGAGACCUCCUACAUUGCCGCCAUCAAAGCAGGGAUGGACGAAGCCAACGUUAAAGGCGCCCUCAUAGAUGAAGAGUACAGAAAAGCCCUUGAACCUUACACAAUCCGCAUUCGAGCUGCUAAUUCCACCUUGCGUGUGAUCAAAAGGCAGAAACAUCUGCUAGAGGACGAUUUGAAUGAGACGCUAGCUGUUCACAAGCGACUGAGAACAGACCCACCCUCUGACGAAGGGCUGCUGGAGAGAGCUUACAAGGACACCAUUGUGUCUCGAGUUAUGAGAGCAGAGGGGAAACAAAGAGCGUUAAGUUUCAAUCAUGCUCGGUUUAAGAAAGAGGUGAACAAGUACUAUUCCACUCUUGACAGCGAUGAUGGAACCUUGGUCUGGUGUCAUGUCCUUGGCGGCUUUUUUGACAAGAAAUCUGUGAAGGCGGCCCACAUUGUGCCUAAGAGCCUGGAUCGGAGAGAAUUGGCACAUAUGUUUGGCGAUGAGGAUGCAGUUGUAUCACUUCCGCAAAAUGGUCUUUCCUUGCACCACAAAGUCGAGUCCCUUCUUGAUCGAGGAGAUAUUGCGAUCGUGCCAAUGCCAGGGGUAUUUGCGGUACCAACCGAAUGGAGAUGCAUCGUGCUUAACGAAUCGCUGAACAUGGACAUCAUCUACAAAAGAGAAGGUUUUACCAUAGGAGAUACGCCCUUCAUUCUCAGAGUCAAGGUACGGCCUGGUAACUACCCAGAGAACUAUCUGAUGGACCUCGAUAACCGUCCUCUCAAGUUCCUGUCCGAUAACCGCCCUCGUCGACGUUAUCUGUACAUGCGAUUCCUGAUCUCGUACCUGUGGUGUAAGCGAGAACCAGUACACGGAUUGGAGCGAAAAGUGGAGUCGAAUAGGUUUUGGCCCUCUGCAGGUGCAUAUAUCGAGCAUUCCACUCUGCAGACACUAGCCCGUUGCAUCUCCGGAUGCGAGAUCCCCAAGAAUCUCACUGCCGAACAGACCUUUGAGCGUUCCAACAGUCCGGAGAGGAAUGUUACAGCUGGAAUGAGUCUGGCAGCCGACCUCAUGAGCAUUCGGCGUAUUGAAUCUGGCAAAACUGCAGGCCCUGAUUUGGUGAAUGCUGUGACUGAAAGUAUGAAGCGGCUGUAA